AUGUUCCCUACGCGAGCACUUUGCAAACGGUCUGUUUGGAAGGGGCCGAAUAUCGUCCCUCUCCGCCUCCCACGCACCAUUCCGCCGCCCCCGGGCACACCUCCAAUUCGAACGGACGCACGAUCCGCUACCAUCCUGCCAAACUUUGUGGGUUUGCGAUUCGCGGUACAUAAUGGCAAGUCAUAUGUAGACCUGUAUAUUACAGAUCAGAUGGUAGGAAGGAAACUAGGCGAGUUUGUACCGACUCGAAAGAGAUUUAUCCAUCAACCAACCAAGAAUUCUUAG